ACCCGGAGCCAAAGCCGGGGCCGAGUCCCUGCGAACAGCCCUACCUCCAGCCCUUGGUGGCAGCCGCAGUGCCCUGACCGAGAUGGGGACGGUCUCGAGGGGCGGCGUGAGGGGGCGGCUGACAGGGGCGCCCUAGACCCGUCCAGACUCGGGCAUUGAGGAAGCAGCCAGCGAGUACUACUGUCGUCUCCCUGGAGGUCGCCGACCCUGUCUGGAAAGGCGUCACGGACUUAACUUUUUUACCGCUCCUCCCACCCCAUACAGUAGGAGGAGUCCCUUUAACAGCUGUUUCCUCUCCUUACUCCUCGUGCGCUGAGUUCUUCACCUCCUUUUAGGCUCAUAUCUGCCACGUUUCCAGGUAUUACUUUUGAAGACCUCAGAAAAGCCUUUAAAAUCAGACUACAAAUGGUGUGUGUAUUUAUCAUGAACCGAAUGAAUUCCCAGAGCAGUGGUUUCACUCAGCGCAGGCGAAUGGCCCUUGGGAUUGUUAUUCUCCUACUUGUUGAUGUCAUAUGGGUGGCGUCCUCUGAACUUACUUCGUAUGUUUUUACUCAGUACAACAAACCAUUCUUCAGCACCUUUGCAAAAACAUCUAUGUUUGUUCUGUACCUCUUGGGCUUUAUUAUUUGGAAGCCAUGGAGACAACAGUGUACAAGAGGAUUUCGAGGAAAGCAUGCUGCUUUUCUUACAGAUGGUGAAGGUUAUUUCGCUGCUUGCACGACGGAUACAACUGUGAAUAGUUGUUUGAGUGAACCUCUGUAUGUUCCUGUGAAAUUUCAUGAUCUUCCAAGUGAAAAACCUGACAGCACAAAUAUUGAUACUGAAAAAACUCCCAAAAAAUCUCGCGUAAGGUUCAGUAAUAUUAUGGAGAUUCGACAGCUCCCAUCAAGCCAUGCAUCGGAAGCUAAGUUGUCACGCAUGUCAUAUCCUGCUGUGAAAGACCAAGAGUCCAUACUAAAAACUGUGGGGAAACUUAAUGCAACUCAAGUAGCAAAAAUAAGCUUUUUUUUUUGCUUUGUGUGGUUUUUGGCGAAUUUGUCAUAUCAAGAAGCACUUUCAGACACACAAGUUGCUAUAGUUAAUAUUUUGUCUUCAACUUCUGGACUUUUUACCUUAAUCCUUGCUGCAGUGUUUCCAAGUAACAGCGGAGAUAGAUUUACCCUUUCUAAACUAUUAGCUGUAAUUUUAAGCAUAGGAGGUGUUGUACUGGUAAACCUGUCAGGAUCUGAAAAAUCUGCUGGAAGAGGCACAACAGGUUCCAUUUGGUCUCUUGUUGGAGCUAUGCUUUAUGCUGUCUAUAUUGUUAUGAUUAAGAGAAAAGUAGACAGAGAAGAUAAGCUGGAUAUUCCUAUGUUCUUUGGUUUUGUAGGUCUGUUUAAUCUGCUGCUCUUAUGGCCAGGUUUCUUUUUACUUCAUUAUACUGGAUUUGAGGACUUUGAGUUUCCCAAUAAAGUAGUAUUAAUGUGCAUUGUCAUUAAUGGCCUUAUUGGAACAGUCCUCUCAGAGUUCCUGUGGUUGUGGGGCUGCUUUCUUACCUCAUCACUGAUAGGCACACUUGCACUAAGCCUUACAAUACCUCUGUCCAUAAUAGCUGACAUGUGUAUGCAAAAGGUGCAGUUUUCUUGGUUAUUUUUUGCAGGUGCUGUCCCUGUAUUUUUUUCAUUUUUUAUUGUAACUCUCCUAUGCCAUUAUAAUAAUUGGGAUCCUGUGAUGGUGGGAAUCAGAAGAAUUUUUGCAUUUAUAUGCAGAAAACAUCGAAUUCAGAGAGUUCCAGAAGACAGUGAACAAUGUGAGAGUCUCAUUGCUAUGCACAGUGUUUCUCAGGAAGAUGGAGCUAGUUAGCUGUUAUCCAUAGCCCAGCCAGUAAUGGAACAUUAUACAGCGAAGAGACAAUCUCUGGCAAGUUUUUGUAGAAAAAUGUCUCAGUGCCUAGUCUGAAAAAUAACGGUUUCAGUUCUUUGAAACUCUGAAAUAUGUUUUCCUCCUAUCUGUUUUCUUCAUUUUUAUAAUGAAGUACUUUGCUGUGUAGCUGUAUACAUAUCACUACAACUCUAGGAAGUUCUCGUCCACAGUCUCUCUAAAGGGCCAGCCUGCCUUACACAUCUCAAGGAGUUCAGCAGAUGCGAAAAUUUGAACUAACCAAGGAAUAAAAUCCUAAUGUUCUAGAGACUUUAUUUUCACAUAUUUGUUAAAUGCUGGGCAAAAACAUUGUCAGGAAAUCAUUUAAGUAUAUAGAUCAGUGUUUCUUACAGGUAAAAUGCUGAAAUAAGCUGUCUGUAAUAGGUACGGAUUGUAUUUCUGAGUUUUGUAGAAUAUUGCAAAUUAACAACACAAACAAGAAUGUUUAAUUUAUGCAAGAAGUGUGUUCAUGCCAGUUUGGUGGGGCUUUAAAAAGAAUAAUUAUUUGAGAAAAGAUCUUGUUUGCUUACACUACGUAUACUGUGUUAUCCUUUCAUAGCAUUAGUUGCCUUGUAUUUUGAAUCUGUGACAAACCAUGACAAAUUUUUAUAUGGGAAGUAUUAUUGUAAAACGAAGACUUAUGUAUUUCUAAAGUCUAUAUUGCUAUAAAUUUAAUUGAUAAAGCUCUGCUUAAUUUAGAGUUUUGAAAAAUAUUCACUCUUCAAUUAGGAAAUUUUCAUAAUGGAAUGAUUUAAACUGAAGUGAUAAAGAAUAUUAUUAAAAUAAAAUGUUUAAAAAUGUUUAUAUAUAUAUGUAUUUGUGUAUUAUAGAUGUAUCAAGUGGUUCUAGUUUGUUUGUUUUCAUGUAUAAAUGUGCCAAAUUGCUCUAGAACUGGAAUCUUCUUUAAUUCUAAUUUUCCUAAAUAAAUUUUUAAUGAUUAAAAUAUCAAAGAAGGAAGGCAAGAAAAAAUUCUACUUUAAAAAUUAAAUUUGAAUUUUUCUUCUGCUAAGAUUAAUUUAAAUUUUAUUUCUAAUUGUAACUCUUAAGCUUCAAUCUUAUACAUACUCACUGUGCAACGGCUCCUGGGCUUUCUUUACCACACACCUCUUUGGGUGAAUGUCUCAGGAUUCAUCCAGCCUUUUGAUUAGACAAAACCCAUUUCCUUUUCUAGCUUUGUGAGAAUCAUUUAGUUCUCUUUAAAAUUUCUCAUCGAAUCUGCUUUUUUAAAAAAUUCUCUUUGCAGUGUUUUGCUUCAGUUUGUCCUGUCACUUUUUUUUUUUAAAUCACUUUGGUGUUACCAUGAGUCUAAAGUGAAGUUUAGCCAUCUUCCUGCUUAGUCCUGAGAACUUUCAUAUUAUAUUAGUUUAAUAUGAUAUCAAAUUAAAAAAGACAACCAUACUCUCCCUGGGUGCCACCAAAAAUUCUUGUUAAACUAAAAAUAAUGUUCAUUUUAUUAUACUGUUUGUCUGUAGAGCUUGACAAGGUAAAGGUGUGUGAAGAAUGUGGACUUGCAAGGAAUUUUUUAUUAACAGGAAUUUAAUGAAGUAACAUUUCAAUUACUCAAAGACUAAUUUUGGUUGAAGUUCAUUAUCUAAACACCUUUUCUUUCUGGUUUUACUUCAUCAGUUUACAAGCUAAAAUAAUUGAAACAGUGGAGGCGAAACUCAAACUUUAAAGUGUUCUGUAAAUAUGGUAAGAAAAGAGGUUGAACUUAGAGUUUUUUGGUUGUUCAUGUGCUCUGUGUUCACAUCUUCAUACAGAUCAUGUGUUGUCACUUAAGAUUCUGGAAGGUAGUAAUGCUUAGUUAGCUGAACUUGAUAGACCUCGAGCAGGUCUUCUUCCACUAGGUGGGUGCUGUAUCAAGGAACCAAAAAAACCAAAAAACCUUUUCCGACAAGUUGAUUUCGACUCACAGCGACCCUAUAGGACAAAGUAGAACUGCCCCACAGAGUUUCCGAGGAGCACCUGGUGGAUUCGAACUGCCAAUCUUUUGGAUAGGAGCCGUAGCACUCUUAACCACUACGCUACCGUUUUAAAAGAGAUAGAGGUUGAUUGAUUAAAAAUAUAAAUUGCUGCUGCUUUGCCCACCCACGUAUUAUCUUUUCUCUCAGGUUUAUUUAUCUGAAUGAUUGUUAUGUUUGAAUACUGCAGCCAUUUGCGUGAGCAAUUGAGGUCUUCCUUUCUCCUCUUUUGUAAUAAAGAGUUUAUCAAGACACAAAGUUGUGGUGGGUUACUUCCAUUCUGUGGAUUACCCAGAAAUCUAGGUGUCAAGGCCCCAUCAUCACAGCAGCCACAUCGCAGGCAUUUGGAAGUACUGGACAGAGGUUAACUCAAGGGACUGCUGUUGUCUUUCCUCCCUGUGAGAACAGUGUUGGCCCGUGAUUCUAUUUUUCAGAAUCUAAAGACACAAGUGGGGAUUUCUAAUACCUUGUUUUCAGACUUUUACUUUUCUUUCCAUAAACCCAUUGAAACCAUUGCCGUCGAGUCGAUUCCAACUCAUAGCGACCCUAUAGGACAGAGUAGAGCUGCCCCAUAGAGUUUCCAAGGAGCGCCUGGCGGAUUCGAACUGCCGACCCUUUGGUUAGGAGCCGUAGAUAAUUUGAAUUCCAUUAUUGUAUAAUGUUUCAAAAUAUGGCCUUGAUUGAAGGAAGUGUGGUAUUUUGUCAGAAGGACUUUGUUAGAUGAACAUCAGAAUCUCAGCUAAAAUAAAACUGAACAAGGAGGCAGCCUUCAAAUGCUUGGGUGGAUACUCUUUGAAGCUCAGACCCAUUAAAGGUAUGUAAUGCACCUAUACGUAAUCCCUUAAAUAAUUUUUUUUUUUUUUUAUUGAGAUACUGGCUUCAGUCAGCUAGACUUAAUUGAUUCCUUACAUUAAAAUGAUUUUCCCCUCUGGCAGCUGAAAAAGAAAGUUCAUUGUUUCUGUAGAAGUGAGCUCACAAGGUUAAAUGUGAAUGUUCUCAAAGGUACACAGCCUUGUUUCAGGAAGAAUGUUAAUGACCACUUUGAAAUCAAUCGUGCAGAGCCAGCUUGGGGUUGCAAGGUAUGACUCCUCUGGGAAGCCAAGUUUUUUCAGCAGUCAGUGUGGUAAUGUCUUUAGCGCUAAUCUCAGUGUGCUGACUGAAGAAAAAAUACCUUAAAAGGAGGAUAAAGGAUGAAUUAAUUAGAAGAUAUUUUUUCCAGAAUCAUAUUAACAAAUAAAUGAAACAUUAUUUUCAUUUUUAGUGGUUCAGGUUUUGUUAUAAUCCUGCUUCAUUUCUUCCUACUGCGCUUUUGAAAUAUUUCUUCUUACUAAAUAAUUUAGGAAUAAUUCACAGAAAUAAGAGAUGAGUAAUCUCUGUGCCAUCUGCAGGUUAACCUUCUAUAGCUAACAUUGUGUACUGAUUUUUAUGGUGAUAUGGCAUUUAUGAGGGCUAUUUUUUUUUAUAGUUUAUAGAAUUUGAAGCAGUGUUCUAGUGUAAUACAUCUAUCAUGUUGUGCCAAAAAUUUCAUUUAAAUAAAUUGUGGUACACUUUUUACACAGACUUGCAAUUUUUAAACUUCACAGUUUCUUUUUUAUAGUAUCCACAUUUGCCUGAACAAGAAGUAAUAAAAUUUCCCUUUAAAUCUUAAGGGCCUUUAAUAAACUGGGGACAGAAAAUGAGUUCAUUAUAAAUUAAAAGCAAAUAAUGACCAUUGGGAAUUUGCUGUUCUAUUAAUCUGAAGCCUCUUUUGUUUUGUCAUCAGGAGUAAAGAUGGCAUGACAAGUAAAAUCUUUAAUUUUUGUUUCCUUAGACUUCCUUUUUAUCUAAAAAGAACUGUGGUUUGUAUGUCUUAAAAACUAAGCAUCAUUUUAAUGUCAUUGCAUUUUAAAGAGCAGUAUUUUUUAAAUAAAAUUAUUUAAUAUGUAUUUCAUUUAGAAUGUUAAAUGAAACCGUUGACAUAUUUAAGAAAAAAAUUGCAUAAUGAGAAGCAGUGCUGUCGGGUUAGGCAUUUGCUAUAAAAUGCUAACGUGAAAUGGUAACAUCUCCACUGAGAGAAUAUUUUGAAUAUGUGGUGACAUGAAUGUGAUCUUAUUUGUCAGUUGGGAGCUUGGGGUGAAGAAGCACUCAGCUAGAGACAACAUUUCCUUCCUGAUGUCUUUCAACUUGGAAAAGUAAAACUUCAAAACUGGAAAUUUUAAUAAGUUACUCCAUGAAAUUUUUAGUUUUUAAUUUUACAUGUGAUUUCUUUCUUUUACCAACUUUAAUUUAGAAGUGAUUCAAACGAUCCUUGUAUACUAACUAUUCAGUAUUUCUCUACUUGGAUUAAAACUUUAAUUGUUGUAAUUAUCUCAGGCAACACUGAAGUCAGUUAUGUGAGAGCAUCCAGUAAUUUCCAUGGAUUUUUGCAAGGCAGGUAGGAAGAAUUCCGUUUCAAGAGUCUUAUUUUUGACACUAGGUAAAAACAACUGUUUAGAGUCUUACUGCAGGUAUUUACUUGUUUGGAAUGUCCUUCACAUUUUCCUUUUUCCUUAUGGAAAAUUCAGUGUCAAUCAGACAAUGUAACUUUCAAAGCAAAGUUUUGUUGAAGGCUAUCCUUAAUUAUUCUGGGAUAAAGUAUAAUAUACUAAGUUUUUUGUUCUUUUUUAUUGUGCUUUAAGUGAAAGUUUACAAUUCGUCAGUUUCUUAUACAAAAACUUACACACGUUGUUAUGUGGCGCUAGUUGCCCUCCCUAUAAUGUGACAGCACACUCUUCCCUACCCCCCCCCCCCCGUAUUUCCUGUGUCAAUUCAAGCAACUCUUGUUCAUUCUCAUCUGGCCUCCAGACAGGAGCUGCCCACUUACUCUCAAGUGUCCACUUGAGUUAAGAAGCGCCCUCCUCACCAGUGUCAUGUCUUAUAAACCAAAACCUGUUGCUGUCAAGUGGAUUCUGACUCAUAACGACCCUAUAGGACGGGGUAGAGCUGCCCCAUAGGGUUUCCAAGGAGCACCUGGUAGAUUCAAACUGCCCAUCUUUUGGUUAGCAGCCAAACUCUUAACCACUACACCAUCAGGGUUUCCAUCAUGUCUUAUAGUCCAGUCUAAUCUUUGAUGAGUUGGCUUCAGGAAUGGUUUUAGUUUUGGGCAAACAGAGAGUCCAGAGGCCAUGUCCUCUGCGGUCCCCCCAGUCUCAGACCGUUAAGUCUGGUCUUUUUAUGAGAAUUUGAGUUCUGGACGCCCCUUUUCUCCAGCUCCAUCAGGAACCCUCUGUUGUGUUCCCUGUCAGCCAUUGGUGGUAGCCAGGUACCAUCUAAGUCUUCCUGUCUCAGGCUGAUGGAGCCUCUGGUAUAUGUGGCACUCUCUGUCUCUUGGGCUCAUAUUUUCCUUGUGUCUUUGGUGUUCUUCAUUCUCCUUUGCUCCAGGUGGGUUGGGACCAAUUGAUGCAUCUUAGAUGGCUGCUUGCUGGCUUUUAAGACCCCAGACACCACUCACCAAAGUGGGAUGCGUAAUGUUUUCUUAAUAUACUUUGUUAUGCCAAUUGACCUAGAUGUCACCGGAAACCAUAGUCCUCAGACCUGCGCCCCUGCUACUCUGUCCGUCGAAGUGUUUGGUUGUAUUCCGGAAACUUCAUAGCUUUCAGUUUAGUCCAGUUGUGCUGACUUCCGUAUUGUGUGUUGUCCUUUCCCUUCACCUAAAAUAAUUCUUUUCUACUAUCUAGUUAGUGAAUACCCCUCUCCCUCCCUCCCUACCCUUGAAACCAUCAAAGAAUCUUUUCUUCUGUGUUUAACUUUUUUCUUGAGUUCUUAUAAUAGUGAUCUCAUACAAUAUUUGUCCUUUUGCCCUGACUGAUUUCACUCAGCAUAAUGCCUUCCAGAAUCCUCCAUGUUAUGAGAUGUUUCACAGAUUCGUCUUUUAUCAUUGCAUAGUAUUCCAUUGUGUGAAUAUACCAUAAUUUGUUUAUCCAUUCAUCUAUUGAUGGGCACCUAGGUUGUUUCCAUCUCUUUGCUAUUGUAAACAGUGCUGCAAUGAACAUGAGUGUGAAUGUAUUUGUGUGAGGGCUCUUAUUUCUCUAGGAUAUAUUCCAGGGAAUGGGAUUGCUGGAUUGUAUGAUAGUUCUAUUUUUAGCUUUUUAAGGAAACACCAAAUUGAUUUCCAAAGUGGUUAUACCUUUACAUUCUCACUAGCAGUGUAUAAGUGUUCCAGUCUCUCCAUAACCUCUUCAACAUUUAUUAUUUUGUGUUUUUUGGAGUAAAGCUAGCCUUGUUGGGGUGAGAUGGUAUCUCAUUGUAGUUUUGCUUGGCAUUUCUCUAAUGGCUAAUGAUCGUGAGCAUUUCCUCGUGCAUCUGUUAGCCACCUGAAUGUCUUCUUUGGUGAAGCGCCUGUUGGCCUGCUCAUACCCUUUGCCCAUUUUUUGAUUGGGUUAUUUUUGUGGUUGAGGUUUUCCAGUAUCUUGUAGAUUUUAGAGAUUAGAUGCUGAUCAGAAUUGUCAUAGCCAAAAAAUUUUCUGAGUGUAUAGGUUCUCUUUUUACUGUCUUGGUGAAAUCUUUGGAUGAGCAUGAGUGUUUGAUUUUUAGGAGCUCCCAGUUAGUUUUGUUUUUUUUCCCAGUUAAUCUAGUUUCUCUUCUGGUGUAUGAAUUUACGUCUGGAUUCUCAAUUCUGUUCAUCGGUUUCUGUGUCUGUUGUACCAGUACCAGGUUGUUUUUACUACCACGGUGGUAUAGUAGUUUCUAAAAUCAGGUAAUGUGAGGCCUCCCACUUUCUUCUUCUUUUUCAAUAAUGCUUUACUUAUCCAGGUCUAUUUUCUUUCCAUAUUAAGUUGACGAUUUGCUUCUCCAUUUUAUUAAAAACUGCCUUUGGAAUUUGGAUCAGGAUUACAUUGUAUCUAUGCAUCGCUUUGGGUAGAAUAGGUAUUUUCACAAUGCUGAGUCAUCCUAAACAUGAGCAAGGUAUGUUUUCCCACUUAUGUGGGUCUCUUUUGGUUUCUUGCAGUAGUCCCUUGUAGUUUUCUUUGUAUAGGCCUUUUAUGUUUCUGGUUAGAUUCAUUCGUAAGUAUUUUAUCUUCUUGAGGGCUAUGGUAAAUGGUAUUGAUUUCGUGAUUUCUUCUUCAGUGUUCUCUUUGUUGGUGUAGAGGAAUCCAACUGAUUUUUUUUUUUAUCUUGUAUCCUGAUACUCUGCUGAACUCUUCUAUUAGUUCUAGUAGUUUUCCUGUGGAUUCUUUAGGGAUUUCUGUGUAUAAGAUCAUAUCAUCUGCAAAUAAAGAUACCAUUACUUCUUCCUCACCAAUUUGGAUGCCUUUGUUUUUUUUUCUAGCCUAAUUGCUCUGGCUAGGACCUCCCACCCAAUGUUGAGUAAGAGCAGUGAUAAAGGGCAUCCUUGUCUGGUUCCUUUUCUCAAGGGGAAUGCUUUCAGACUCUCUCCGUUUAGGAUGAUGCUGGCUGUUGGCUUCAUAUAAAUGCAUUUUGCUAUGUUGAGGAAUUUCCCUUCUGUUCCUGUUUUGCUGAGUUUUUAUCAUGAAUGGGUGUUGGACUUUGUCAAAUGCCUUUUCUGCAUCAAUUGAUAAGAUCAUAUGUUUCUUGUCUUUUGCUUUGUUUGUGUGAUGGAUUGCAUUGAUUGUUUUUUAAUGUUAAACCAUUCCUGCAUACCUGGUAUGAAUCCCACUUGGUCGUGGUGAGCUGUUUUUUUGAUAUGUUGUUGAAUUCUAUUGGCGAGAAUUUUGUUGAGGAUUUUUGCAUCUACAUUCAUGAGGGAUAUAGGUCUAUAAUUUUCUUUUUUUGUGGUGUCUUUACCUGGUUUUGGCAUCAGGGUUAUGCUGGUUUCAUACAAUGAGUUUGGGAGUAUACCAUCCUUUUCUGUGCUCUGAAAUAACUUCAGUAGUAGUGGUGACAACUUUUCUCUAAAAGUUAGGUAAAAUUCUACAGUGAAGCCAUCAGGGCCAGGACUUUCUUUGUCGGGAGUUUUUUUAAUUACCUUUUCAAUCUCUCUUUUCCUUAUAGGUUUAUUUAGUUGUUCUACCUCUGUUUGUGUUAGUUUAGAUAGGUAGUUUGUUUCUAGAAAUUUAUCCAUUUCCUCUAGGUUUUCAAAAUUUGUUACAGAAUACGAUUUUUCAUAGUAUUCUGUUAUGAUCCUUUUAAUUUCAGUUGGGUCUGUUGUGAUAUUGCCCAUCUCAUUUCUUUUUUGGGUCAUUUGCGUUCUCUCCUGUUUUUCUUUUGUCAGUUUGGCCAGUGGUUGAUUGAUUUUGUUGAUCUUUUCAAAGAACUAGCUUUGGGUCUUGUUAACUCUUUCAAUUGUUUUUCUAUUCUCUAUUUCAUUUAAUUCUGCUCUGAUUUCUAACAUUUGCUUUCUUCUGGUGCCAAAGGGCUUCUUCUUCUUCUUUUUUUUUUUUCAAAUUUUUUAUUAAACUUUAGAUGAAGGUUUACAGAACAAACUAGUUUCUCAUUAAACAGUUACUAAACAUAUUGUUAUGUGACAUUGGUUAACAACCCCACGGCACGUCAACACUCUCUCUUCUCAACCUUGGGUUCCCUAUUACCGGCUUUUCUGUUCUCGCCUGCCUUCUAGACCUUGCCCCUGGGCUAGUGUGCCCCUAUAGCCUCGUUUUGUUUUAUGGGCCUGUCCAAUCUUUGGUUGAAGGGUGAACCUCAGGAGUGACUUCAUUACUGAGCUAUAAGCAUGUCUGGGGGCCAUACUCUCAGGGUUUCUCCAGUCUCUGUCAGGCCAGCAAAUCUGGUCUUUCUUUUUGAGUUAGAAUUUUGUACAUUUUUUUCCCCAGCUCUGUCCGAGACCCUCUGUUGUGAUCCCUGUCAGACCAGUCCGUGGUGGUAGCUGGGCACCAUCUAGUUGUCCUGGACUCAGUCUGGUGGAGGCCAUGGUGGAGAUGUGGUCAGUUAGUCCUCUGGACCAAUCUUUCCCUUGUGUCUUUAGUUUUUUUAUUCUUCCUUGCUCCCAAAGGGUUGAGACCAGUGGAGUAUCCUAGAUGGCCACUGACAGGCUUUUAAGACCCCAGACACUACUCACCAAAGUAGAAUGUAGAACAUUUUCUUUAUAAAAUAUGCCAGUUGAACUAGAUGUUCCCUGAGACCAUGGUCCCCACAGCCCCAAGGACUUCUUUUGCUGCUCUCCUAUUUGUUCGAGUUAUGGGGAUAAUUCCUUGAUUUUGGCUCAUUCUUCUUUUUGGGUAUGCGCAUUUAAUGCUAUAAAUUGACCUCUGAGCACUUCUUUUGCUGUGUCCUAAAGGUUCUGGCAGGAUGUGUUUUCAUUCUCAUUUGAUUCUAUGAAUUUCUUUAUUCCAUCCUUAAUUUCUUCUGUAACCCAGUAUUUUUUGAGCAAGGUGUUGUUUACUUUUCCAUGUGUUCGAUUUUUUUUUUUCCUUGUCUUUUCUGUUAUUUAUUUCUACUUUAAUGGUUUUAUGGUCAGAAGAUGCUUUGUAAUAUUUGAAUGUUUUAGAUUCUUUUAAGGCUUGCUUUAUGGCCUAAUAUGUGGUCUACUCUGGAGAACGUUCUGUGUGCAUUGGAAAAGAAAGUAUACUUGGCUGCUGUGGGGUGAAGUGUUCUUCAUAUGUCUGUGAGGUCAAAUUGGUUGAUUGUGGCAUUUAGAUGUUCUGUGUUUUUAUUGAGCUUCUUUCUGGAUGUUCUAUCCUUCACCGUAAGCGGUAUGUUGACGUCUCCUACUCUUGUUGUGGAGCUGUCUGUCUCUGUUUUCAGUGCUGUUAGAGUUUAUGUAUUUUGUAGCCCUGUCGUUGGGUGCAUAAAUAUUUUUUAUUAUGGUUAUGUCUUCCUGGUGUAUUGACCCUUUAAUCAUUUUAUAGUGUCCUUCCUUAUCCUUCGUGGUGGAUUUUACUUUAAAGUCUUUUUUUUUUGUCAGAAAAUAAUAUUGCCAGCCCUGAUCUUUUUUGAUUGUUGUUUGCUUAAUAUAUAUAUAUUUUUCCAUUCUUUGAGUUUUAGUUUGUGUCUUUAAGUCUAAGGCAUGUCUCUUAUAGGCAGCAUAUAGACGGAUCGUGUUUUUUAAUCCCUUCUGCCACUCUCUGUCUCUGUUGGUGCAUUUAGUCCAUUUACAUUCAGCAUAAUCAUUGAUAGGUGUGAGUUUAGUGCCGUCAUUUUGGUGUCUUUUUUGUAUGUGUGUUGUGACAGUUUCUUUGUUCUGCUUAAUUUUUUGUGCUGAGUAGUUUUUCUUUAUAUAUUUUCUUUUCCUCUUUUUCAUUGUUGUUGAUUUUGUAUUUGCUGAGUCUUUAUGUUUUUCUUGUUUUUAUUUUGAUAUAUAGGAUUGUUAGUUUCCUUUGUGGUUAUCUUAAUAUUUACCCCUAUUUUUCUAAAUUUAAACCAGUUUUAUUUCUUUAUAACACUUUGACUUCCUUUCCAUAUGAAAGAUCUAUGACUACAUUUUUUAGUCUUUCUUUUUUGUUUUAAUGUUGUCAUCGUUUAGAUAAUGACAUCUCUGUUUCCCUGUUUGGAGCAUUUUAGCUUUGAUUUAUUUUUGUGAUUUCCCUAUGUGGCUUGAUAUCUGGUUGCUCUGUCCUAUGUUGAUGUCUUGAGUUGUUAUCUGAUGUUAUUGAUUUUCUAACCAGAGGACUCCCUUUAGUAUUUCUUGUAAUUUUGGUUUGAUUUUUGCAAAUUGCCUAAACUUCUCUUAAUCUGGAAAUGUCCUAAUUUCACCAUCAUCUUUGAGAGACAGUUUUGCUGGAUAUGUAAUUCUUGGCUGGCAGUCUUUUUCCUUCAAGGCUUUAUAUGUGUCAUCCCAUUGCCUUCUUACCUGCAUGGUUUCUGCUGAGUAGUCUCCGUUUAGUCUUAUUGCCUCUCAUUUGUAGGUGACUUUUUGUUUAUCCCUCAAAACCCAAAACCAAACUCACUGCCGUUGAGUCAAUUCCGACUCAUAGCAACCCUAUAGGACAGAGUAGAACUGCCCCGAUAGAGUUUCUAAGGAGCACCUGGCAGAUUUGAGCUGCCGACCUCUUGGUUGGCAGCCAUAGCUCUUAACCACUACACCACCAGGGUUUCCUGUUUAUCCCUAGCUGCUCUUAAAAUUCUCUAUCUUUGGUUUUGGCAAGUUUGAUUAUAAUAUGUCUUGGUGACUUUCUUUUGGGAUCUACCCUGUGUGGGGUUUGAUGAGCUUCUUAGAUAGAUAUCUCCUUGUCUUUCACAAUAUCAGGGAAGUUUCCUGCCAACAAAUCUUUAACAAUUCUCUCUGUAUUUUCUGCUACCCCUUCCCCCACCCCUAUUCUUGUACUGCAGUCACUCAUAGGUUAUCCCUCUUGAUGCUGUCCCACAAAAUUCUUAGGAUUUCUUCAUUGUUUUAAAUUCUUUUAUCUGAUUUUUCCUCAAAUAUGCUGGUGUCAAGUGCUUUAUCUUCAAUUGCACUAAUUCUGACUUCUGUCGCCUCAGUUCUGCUCCUAUGACUUUCUACUGAGUUGUCUAAUUCUGAAAUUUUGUUGUUAAUCUUCUGGAUUUCUGUUUGCUGCCUCUCUGUGGAUUCUUGCAGCUUGUUAAAUUUGUCACUAUGCUCUUCUCUAAUCUUCUUAAGUUCCUCUUUUGCUUUGUCUGUGCUGCUUGGCUUGUUCUGUGUUUUCGCUGAUCUCUUGAAGAGUUCUGUAUAUUAAUCUUUUGUAUUCUACCUUCCAUAAUUCCAGGAAAUUAUCUUCAUCCAGAUUUCUUGAUUCUUUGUUUUGGGAGCUUGCUGAAACCGUCAUGGUCUGCCUCUUUAUAUGAUUGAAUAUUGACUGUUGUCUCUGAGCCAUUGAUAAAUUAUUGUAUUUAUUUAUGUUUGCUUACUGUGUCCUAGCUUCCUGUUUUUUUUUUUUUUGGAUAGGCCCAAAUAGGUUGCUUGAGUGAACUAGUUUGAUUAUUGGCACCUUCGAAGCUCUAAUGUCCUCUCACCAAAUGGUUAGAGCUGUUAACUAGGUAUGUGAGCCCAGGAGUCUAUUUACUUUUCUUGUUUGGAUUCAGCUCAGUUGUACAGGUAGUCGGUCACCAAGUGUGUGAUGCAGGCUGUCACCUACAGUCUUAGACAAGCAGGGGUGAUUGGUGUAGGCACAGAUAUCUGGCUGCAGUAGGGGGUCAGGCACUGAGCAAGGCAGUGGGCUAACAACCACUCCUAAAGGUCUGAGAGCAAAGCAUGUCCCUGUCCUCUAGAGUGCGUAGGUGGGUGGGUUUUGCAGCCUGUCUAUGGGCACCCAAUGCUGUUGACUUUAAGGAGUGGGAGGCAGCACUUAUCCUUUGGACCCCUGUCGCAGGUGGCUAGGUGGUAUGGGUGGAGCCAUCAUCAGUUCUCAGGCCCCUGAUGCGGGGAGGUGAGGACUCUGCUCAAUAGACAGAGUGGUGUCAAACGUUACAAACCUGCCUCUCCACCAUAUAGCUGAAACAGUUGACAUUAGACUUCAGGUACACACCCUGUUGUACUGUGCUAAUGAGGGCCUACGCUGUUGAAAUGGGCCCACACAGGUCUAUGCAGGGAUGAUAGGCAUUCUAAGUCCAUGGACCCCUUAUGCCUGUGCCUAGGCAAAAGAACUGUUUCUGCUGAGUUCCUGGCCUAGGGGAGCCAGCAGAUGAUUUUUUCGCUGUAUGUUAAUUUGUUCCUUCUUCAAGGCUGAGAAAAUGGCUCAGGCCAUGAGAUGGGUCCUACUUCUGGCCCAGAGAAUGGGGCUAUCACUGAAGCUGGCUCGGGACACAGUGCAGAGUGGGAAGGGGGAAGGUAAGUGGGAGAGAAUUUUUUCCCAAAGGGUGUUUUUUGAUCCGCACAGUAGGUUAGACGCAUGUACUUAUCUUUUGCCCUGUUGAGCCCCGCUUUUUGCCAAAUCUGGAGGCGUGAGUAGACUCUCCGCCACUUGGUCUCUCCUGACUUGGAAAAUGUGCCCUGAAUGCUACUGCUUGCUUUACCACUGGCGCCAGCUGAUCCCAGCCUUCAGGGUGCCAGAUCACCCCUGGUCAGGUCUGACAACUCAUCACUGCCUCUGAACCAUCUCUCCCUCCCCCUGCUGCCCAGUCCAAUUCUUCAACUUUCCUUUGAUGUUCUGGGCUCCUAGAUUGUCAUAUAUAAUCUAUUCACUUGUUUUUUAGGGUCUUUGUUGUAAAAGGGACCACGGGAAGUAUCUGACUGCUCUGCCAUCUUGGCCCCACCCUCUUAUACUUAGUUCUUUUAACCUUUGUCAUAGCUUAGUGUAAAAUUAUAUAUACUUUAAUAUGCAUGCUCCAAGUAAGGUAAAGUUUCAGAGAGAUAACAUGCUGCUGAUAGAUCAGUGGCUUUCAAACUUGAGCAUGCAUGAGAAUUACCUGAAGGGUUUGUUAAGACACAGAUUGCUGGGCUCCACCCCACAGUUUCUGAUUCAGUAGGUCUGCUUGGGGGCCUAGGAAUUGGAACUUUUCUAACAAGCUUUCAGGUAAUGUUGGUGUUGCUGGCACCACAUUUUGAGUUUCCCUGUUAUGAGGAAAGAGCACUAACUGUGAAGUUGGGUUCCCUCUGUUCCCUGUUAAUGAAUUUAUUUGAGGAAAUCAUUUAAUGUGUAUUACAUUUUCUUAAAUGUAAAAUGGAGGUUAAUCCAACCUACCUAGAGAUGCAGAAAUGAUAAUGUAGGUGAAGUGUCUAACCCAGCACACUUCAGUGCUGAUCCCCUUGGUCAGUGUGCACGCCCUUCAGUACCCUCAACUGUAAAGUGAGGAACUAAACUCAAUAUCUUCCAAGGUUCCUCUCAGCUCUAACAUUUCGUGAUUCUUAAAGUUCUGUAUUUCAAAAGACCAUCGCAAUGCUGAACACCUAUGUGUGCUUGUUGUUGUUAGGUGCCAUCGAGUCAGUUCCAACUCACAGCAACCUUAUAGGACGGCAGAACUGCCCCAUAGGGCUUCCAAGUAGCAGUUGGUGGAUUCGAACUGCCGACCUUUUGGUUGGCAGCUGACCUCUUAACCACUGCACCACCAGGGCUCCUAUGUGAGCUUAGUGCUUUGUAUAGAGUAGUACCAACAGUGAUAUUGCAUAAGCCAUGUGUUCAUUUUUUGCUUUUAGGGUUAACUAUUAAAAAUUUUUUUUCAGACCCAAAUUUAUACAGCAACAUUUGCAAAGUUAUAUCCAAGCACAGUUUGAAUCAAUAACAGUUUUAUGGAGACAGAGUAUAUCAGAUAAAUAUGCUACAAUAUGUCCACACACUAACUUUUCUAAGUGACUGGCCUUAUGGGAGCACUUUACUACAUUGCUUCUUAAUGGAGGCAUGUUCAAAAUGUGUAGUUUUCUUUACCUUCUUGAUUUUCAGACAGCAUUAAAUAAGCAUUAAUUUCAUACAAGCUAAAAUUCUGAGAAUAUGAUCGUAUAUAGCAUGUGAUUGUUCAAAGUGCUUUAUUUAAAUAGUCACAGUAGUUACUAUUGUGAAUUUAUAGUCUUAAAAUGGCGAUGCCAACAGUACUGGGCUGAAAUACUUCAGAUUUUCUUUUUUUCCCUCAGAACUGGGUCUCAAAGCCAGGUCUCUGGGUUCUUUUUAUUUAUUUUUAUUAUUAUUAUUUUUAUUGUACUUUAGAUAAAGGUUUACAGAACAAACUAGUUUCUCAUUAAACAGUCAGUACACAUAUUGUUUUAUGACAUUGGUUAACAACCCCACGACAUGUCAACACUCUCCCUUCUCAACCUUGGGUUUCCUAUUACCAGCUUUCCUGUCACCUCUUCCCUUCUAGUCUUUGCCCCUGGGCUGUUGUGUCCCUUUAGUCUUGUUUUGUUAUAUGGGCCUUCUAAUUUUUGGCUGAGGGUUGACCCUCGAGAGUGACUUCUUUACUGAGCCAAAAGGAUGUCCAGGGGCCAUACUCUCAGGGUUUCUCCAGUCUGUCAGGCCAGUAAGUCUGAUCUUUUUUUUUGUGAGUUAGAAUUUUGCUUUACAUUUUUCCCUAGCCCUGUCCGGGACCUUCUGUUGUGAUCCCUGUCAGAGUAGAUUUUCUUAUGUUUUAAUUCUACCUUGUCAGAAAAAGGGAGCUCUGGUGACUCAGUGGUUAAGCACUGGUGCUAGCCAAAAGGUUGGCGGUUCAAACCCGUGGGAGAAAGAUGUGGCAGUCUGCUUCUGCAAAAAUUACAGCCUAGGAAACCCCAUGGGGCAGUUCUACUCUGUCCUAUAGUGUCACCAUGAGUUGGAAUCGACUCAACAGCAAUGGAUAACAAGCAACGAGUUGUCAGAAAGGGAAAACUCAGUCCCAACCAGGGUCCUUUUGCAUUUCCCUAGCCAUCUAAAUCUGAUAUACUGUAAAUAUGGUGAAAAGUACAUACAAUAAAAAGAGUACAUAACUGAUUGGGAUUUGGAGACAUUUGUAAACUUGAACAAAGUAUUUGCAUCCAUCCAGGAUAGUCCCCUUAAACUGAUAACUGCUGGGUGCCAGCAGGGUGGGCACCAGUGGCAUGGGUAGGAGGACUUUUCCUUCACAGUAGAUAGGGCAACUGCAUUUGAAAUGCCUGUUUUGUAAAACCAGAGUAGAAAGAAUGCAGAUGAGAUAUGGAAAAUGCUAAUUCUCUUUAUUAGUGUAACAUGAAAUAUCUGAUAAUUGCAAAAAAAAAAAAAAACAA